AAGUGGCAGGGAAGUAAUGCGAGACUGCUAGGAGGAGUCUUCAAGAUGUUCUAUCAUGGCAAGGAAGGGAGGAGAAAUGGCGUGGGUGAAGUGGUGAAAGAAAAGUACAUUAACAGCACAGUGGAGGUUAAAAAGAAAAAAAAUCCCAAUAUGACUCGAAGUGCAGUUCAUCUAUGCUCCUUCCAGUAUAUAGCGCUGUGGAUAUUUACCCUUCUCAGUAUCCGCACGACCGUCUGUACAACGCCCGCCACAAACCAUAACAUAAAGAUACAGACUAUAAACUACAAAUGGGUCGACGAGGAAAAGGCAGAAGUGACGGCGUGUCUUGAAAGCGAGGCGGGCGGGACCCCCUUCGGGCAGGUCGACCUCCUCGUCACCAACGCUCUCGGGAGGGCGUGGCGGACCAGAGGAGGAGGAGCGUUGAGGAAAACGCAGGAGGGUGUUUGCUUCGCUGGGAUAAGUCUCGACAAGAAGGACUUGGUGAAGACGUUGAGCUUCAGGAUCUUGGAGAACGGGAGUGAUGAAUCGAUUCAGGAGCUGGAGACGUUCUUCAUAGUCCCAGAGGUAACUCCCAUGAGCAAAGACGUCUACGAGAUCUGCUGGGAUGACCCCGAAGGACUCGCUUUUGCCUUGGCCGAAGGAGGCGUUGCCCAGCCGCUCGUCUCUCCCCCAGCCGGAUGCCACGAAUGCUGCCUUUACCUUACUUCAAGGAGUCCAGGCGACCUCGUGACCCUGGAAACAGCUGGUACGAAAGACUCCUCCGUCAGACAGCUGGUGCAAGUCCGUCUGCCUGAAAACCUCGAGCAAAUUAUUCCUCUCAAUAUCACGGCGCUCCACAAGGUAUCCAGAGACGACGACCCGAGCGGAAAGAAACAAAACAUAAAGGUUUACUUGGAUCCCCACCAAGCAAUAGAGGCAGAUGAUUUUACUCUAAUGUUAACUCUGGCAUCAAACGGACAACAGAAAUUUUAUUCCCUGUUUAAAAUCAUCGAUGACUAUGCCACAGAGCUUGAGUUCGAUGGAAAUUUUCAAGAUUCAACUACUGUCAUAAUACAAGCUCAUAAAGGAAAUGAUAUUGUGGGAUUUGGCUUCGUGAUUCAGAAUCUAACAGACCCGGGUUCUAGGGUGGCGAAGGUAGGGGACUCCAGCGCCCCGUCCCUAAGGGUGGAUCCAGGGGCGCGAGACCAGGUGGACGUCCCUGACAAGACUCCCUGCGCGGGAGGCUCUGGCCCUUGCUACUACGUCGACCAGACCGCCCCCUUGCCCCCCCUCUGCGACGACCUUCCCGAGAUCACAUUUUGCGACGCCGUUGUGUCGGAAGUGCAGAACCCGCCCAAAGCCCCGGCCCUGGAGCUCCGCAACCGGCAGGAGCUGCGAGUGCAGCAGCCCCGGCCCGACGGAGCGCGGACUGAGGUCGUGGUCUCCAGGGACGGCUCCAUCAUGUCUCCCGACGGCUUCGGCUGCGACGACCUGGGCGACGGCAUUUGCUCGCAGCCUGUGGCCGUCGCCGACGACCUGGACGGUUUCGACGUGACGCUCGUCGUGCUGGACGGCGACGGCUACGUCACGGCGUCACUCGCUGUGCCCUUCGAAGUACACAAAGUGAGUGCAGUCGCCCUCACGCCCUCCCUGCUGAAAGUGGAGGUCGACCCUCGAUCGGGGGGCACGUACGAGGUCACGCUGCCCGGCCCCUCGCCUUCUCCCGCAGCCACCCAGGAGUGUCAAGCUGGGCCGCCGUGUCGCGUCUGGUUCGCCGGGGUGGAAGCGCCCUCCUCAGUGAGCGUCAGGAAGGAAUCCAAUACCAUUUAUGAGGAUAUAACUACAGAAACGCCUCCUCCCACGUCACAAGUGCAGGUCAUCACCUCCAUGGACGCUGAAACCCAGACCCGAGUCGAAGUCCAGAGCAGCAACACCGUCACGCAGGUCGAACUCGUGACCUUCGCGUCCAACGUCGCCACCGAAGAUGACUGCGAAGACCUUGAAGCAGUCGCCGGGAAUUCCGAGUAUUACUUCGACGCAUCUGUACGAGGACCUGGAGGCUGGGACUUUGUCUUUGCCGGGUACUGUGAUGACGGGUCCUUGUGCGAAGUGGGCCAGGUCAGCGUGAUCCUCUUGGAUAUGGACUCAUGGGUGGGCGUGGUGGGCGCUGCCCCGGACUCCCCAGACGCUUCUGUCAGGGUCGACGUCGGGAGCCUAGAUGACGUUAGUGUCGAGGGCGUCGGGACGUGCGUGAAGCCGGACAGUCCCUGCUACUUCCUGACGGAGACGCUGACGGCGGGCACUCUCAGGCACUGCGUCACCAUCGCCAAUUCGGCAGGAGGCGGGAGCAGUGACGUCUCUCAGUGUGACGUGUCUUUCACGCCGUUUAAACAGAUGGACCAAGAACCAAUGUUAGAGCUAGUCGACAGAACUAGUCUGAAGGUUACUCCACAGACGUCAAAUUUCCAUUCUCUCGAGGUGGUGGCUUUUAACCCGCAGACUGAUGACCUUCUUAGUAAACCAAGUCCACUGUGCACUCCCGAGACAGACGGAUCCUGCAUUCAAAAGGUGAACAUUACAGAAGAACUCGCGGAUUUCAAAGUGCUUGUGGUGGCGGUGGACGCGGCAGGGGAAACACAAGAGUCUGUUCUUUCCUCUUUCUAUGACUUCAUGACCCACGUCCAGCACUUCAACAACGGUACUGACCUCGAAGUCCGGUGGCGAACCUCCAGUGAACAGAUCUUCAGUAUCAGCAUUGUGGACGACUUGGGUGGCUUCACAAAGACGUCCAUAGCAUGUGGACAGGACCGAAGGACAUGCAAAGCUUAUUUCACCAAGUUAAGCACAGAGGUGGCUCAUAAGGUGAAGGUGACGAAAGAUGAGACGGCCGUGUCGGUUUCCGUUCAGCCAGGCCAAGAUGCCACGACGCCCCUUUCCAUUACGCGAAUCUCCAAAGUCUCAACACUGCGUCCUCAAGCGCAGCUGACGAUCUCGUCCGCCGUAGACGUCGAAGCGGUGAAGUACCUCGAGUACGUGGUGAUCGAACCCCCUGUUGGCAGCGAUAUUGUUCAACACAUUGCCUUCGCAGACUUCAGUGACGUCAUACACACAGGCAACACCAUAACAUUCGAAGACGUAGAAGCGCCGAAGACGGUCGUCGAAGUGACGGUGAUGGUCAUUGCGCACGCGGGCGACGGCGCGGACUCGGACGCCCUGGCCUUCGGGAAGGUCUUGAUCACUUUUGAAGAUAUCAAGCUCCCAAUCAUGACGAAAGUGGGAACAGAAGCGUUCCAAUCCCUCAAAGUGGAGACGAGAGCAAUGGCAGUCAAUGUGAAUGGUGUCCUGUGUGAAGCCAGCACAAUCUGCUACGAUUUGGAGCCACAUAAUAUCCUGGAGCCUCCCGAAGUCUGCAGGAACGACACCCCGACCGUCGAGCAGUGUGACAUGACGGCAGCAUACGUACAGCCAGAGGCUCUGAUCGAUCCGUCGGUUCAGCUGAGCUUCACCGGCCAGUCUGAGGAGGACCUGACUGUCGCCGCCGAAUUCUCCGAAACGUCGCUCACAGUGGAAGCGAAACUCUACAUAGGCUUGGAGGAUCUGACCCCGGAGCCACUAACCUGCGAUAUCACUGGCCAAUCGACAAAGAUCUGCGCAUUUAAGGUUGAGCCAAAAGUGACGGAAUUUAAGAUUUUGCUGAUGGUAUUAGAUUCUCAAACGAUUGUGGUACAAUCUCAUGUUGUGGAAUUUGAAGAUUUCCAAACUCGAAUUCAACAACUGACAUCAAACGCCAUCGAAGUCCGUUGGCGAGCUUCACAAAACCAGGAAUACGACGUCGAAAUCUUUCCUGAAAUCGAAGGCAGCUUCAGCAACACUUCAGUACUAUGUGGAGGUGAAAAGCCUGAAGACAGCGACCUCUGUCUGGCUUACUUCAUAGCGUUAGACCCCACUGAGAAUUAUACGGCCAGUGUAAGGACGAGAAACAGCGAGAUGAGGGUGCUGGCGGUCGUGCAGAUGGAGGCUCGCGUGGAAGCGUUAAACAUAACAGAACUGACCCUCGCCAAGACUGAAGACGCGAGUACAGAGCUUAACGUGUGCUUUAUCGAGAGACAACUGGCGGAAAACGAGGCUCGGAUAGAAGAGAAAAACCUUCUGUACAAAUUAGUGGCGGUGGAUGCCACUGGCCGACAGUUACGGAUGACGUCGAAUUCCUCUCUCGUAUCCUCAUCCGUCCUCGAGGGGAAGCUGUGUCUCGGUCCGCUUCCUCUUGACUUCGACUUCGACUUGAGUGAUAAGGUCCGGAUUCUCGUGACGCAGGAGGACCUCGAUACUCCCGAAGUCGCAGCUGGAGACGUCGAGGUGUUCCUUUUGGACCUUCGCCAAGUGGACGUGAGGCAAGUGGGCGCGAAGACCGUGCGGGCGAAGUGGACCAACAACAACGGGGCCCUCAGCUUCGACGUCGGGAUUGGCGUCGACGACCUCUUCUCCGUGGAGUGUGGCGUGGGGGGGGACGCCGAAGAAGAGUGCUUGCGAUACCUCCACGUGGAAAGCACAAGCAAGCAAGUCACGGUUACGUUGAGGGAGAUUGGGCUUAGUGUGGACCAGCAAGUGGAGGUUACACUCACGCUGAGGGAUUUCGAUGACAUACAAAUAAGCAAAACGGAUUUAACUUGGGACGGUCGUCUGCGCGUCUGCUUUGAGCCCAACUCCAUGGAUUCGCUUUACUUCCUGGCCUUGGAGAAUGAGGAAGGCGCCGUUCAGGAGGUCCCCCAGCUUCGCCCCUACGUUGAGGACGGCCUCACCUGCGUGUUAAGCAAUGACGCCAUGCAGACAGAAGGAUACGUGUCCUUAUGGGCUCUCUUAACAGCCUUCGACGUCUCUGGCGCAGUAGUGCAAGCCUCUGGGAAUACUAAUGUCACCGACUUUUUCUUAAGCUCCAGAAGAAGAGUCAGCGCGGCCUUGAACGCCGACACCCACGACCUCCUUGUGUCGUGGUUCCUCCUCAGCGAUCCCAGAACCAUCAGCUCUUACGACGUGACGCUCGAGGAGACCACAGCAGACGGCACGAACGAGCUGGUGACUGUAGGGAAUACCGAAUCGUCCCACGUCUUCAACGGCACGAAGGCAGGACGCUACUGUGUGUGCGUCGUGGCAUAUGUGAAGGAAAACAACGUGACCAGCCAAAAAGUGUGCAGUGCUAUUCUCUCCAUACUUCAGUCGGAUGAUAUGAUGGAUAUCUGGCAGCCCCUGAAGAAAAAAAACUUCGUCCAGUCACCCUCUCGCCCUUUCUCUUCCUCCGUCCUGGCCUCAGGGGACUACCAGCAACUCGAGUUGCCGAAGGACCUUGCCUUUGAGGACGAGGCGCUCCACUGGCCUGACGUCCCUGAGGCUACGAAAUACCAGGUGGAGUGGCGACCUCGCUACGAAGGCGGCCUCUUGGAAGGAGGUCUGGAGGAGGUCACUGGCACGACCUGGCUGACGCAGGACCUCGCUCCGGGGGCGUGGGUGGUGGAGGUCAGGGCAGCCUCGGACACGAGUGUGAGCAAGGCCGCAAACAUCAAGAUAUCGAAAAUUGGAAUCGCAUUCGACCAAGCGACGCAGACAAACAACAGCCAGCUGGAGGUCAGCUGGUGGGAAGAGCCCGUUCCCUCUUGCGUACAAACCCCCUGCGAAUACUGUAUUACCCUUUCAAAUAACGAGAAGGUGACGUUUUACACCCAGUCGUGUUCGGGACGUAAAGGGGACUGCUCGCAGUCGUUGGACGUGGGAGGAGCGUCGGAAGUCAACGUGGCGGUGAAAAGAGAAACGUCUUCGUGGUCGGCGAAACUGAGAGUCUACGAUUUCCCGGGUGUUCUCCACGUUGUCAUGUCUCAAGAGGCUGCCAGCUUAACAAUUCGUCUAAAGAUGUUUAACUACUAUGGUUGUCUCGAAUGGCGUGGGUCAGAUUCUUGUGCUGAGACUUCCAUUGUCCCCGACGGCCCAAGCACAAGGCCACAGCACCCGUGGAGGCGCAGACUCCAGGCUCCCCCACCAAGCACGGGAGCACAUUUCCGGCCAGGCAGACCGACGCUCGCACUGACCCCCUCCUCCCCCGCAGCCGUGGCCGAACUGCGCCAGAGCUUCUCCUCGGGCGGCGAGGCGGUGACGCUGUCGUGGGCGGAGACGAAGGGCGCCAAACUGUACAACGUCACCCUGUUCGCCGACGCCGCCUCGGCCUCCGUCAGGCGGACUGAGAUGAUCAGCCGGCAGACCAGUCUGGUAGGUGACGUGUUCCAAGUUCAACCCUGCGCUGAUAUAUCCAACUGCGGCGACCCCCAGAGUAUCACACUGCAGAUCACUCCAGAUAAGGAAGACAAGACGGUUGUCAUCAUCGUCUCAGUCGUCGGCGGGGUCGUGGGGGUCGUCGUCAUCGGCUCCCUCGUGGCUGUUGCUGUCUCCCAGUCUACGACGAGUGGGGGGCAAGGCGCCUCGGUCACAGAACUGGACCUCCAUCGCAAGUCCCAGUCUACGACGAGUGGGGGGCGCGGCGCCUCGGUCAAAGAACCCAACCGCUAUCUCAGAUGGCUCCACAUGUCCUUAGCCAGUAAGAAGUCUAUCAGUAGAGCCUUAUGA